AAUAUCCCUGUUUAAUCGAGACUACAUCUAUAAUCUGGUUACAUCAGUCCAGCUGAUUUCUUCACAUGAAUAAAGUGAAGUAUUACCAGAUCAGGUAGUAACCUGGGGAAGUCGAAACAAAAUGCCACCCAAAUACAGGUACUAUUUCUUUAAAAACUACCGAUCCCGUGGAGAGCUUUCUCGAUUGUUGUUUGUCGCUGCUGGGGUUGAUUAUGAAGAUAUUCGAGUGGAAAGAUACGAACCCGAGUCAGAGUGGAAAGACCUUAAACCAACAAUGCCUGGUGGAACUCUGCCUGUUCUAGAAGUUGAUGGUCAGUUGUUUGGAGAGAGUGUUGUAAUAGCCAGAUAUUUAGCUCGUGAAUUUGGUCUGGAUGGUAAAAACAACUAUGAUAAAUUAUUAACAGAUACAAUUGUAGACCGGAUUAUCCAGAUACGAGAAUUGUUCAUCAGGUUAAUGCUUGAGAAGGACGUAGAAAUCAGAGCAGUAACAGAGAAGAAAUUUCUCGAGGAACAGCUUCCAGCUGCUUUGAAUUUAAUUGAGAAACAUGCCCAGGAAAAUAAAUGUACCGGAGAUUUUCUUGUUGGUGAUAAGCUGUCCUGGGCAGAUCUUGCCGUGUUUGACAUGAUGGAUCAUAUUGUGGCGGUUAAACCAAAUGCUUUAGGUAAUCAUCCAAAAAUAGCAGCCAUCUUUAAAUUAGUACCGUCAUUACCUGGACUUUCUGAAUAUCUGAAAAAUCGUCCAAUGACGUCAGCUUAGAGUGGUAAUCAGUCAAUACAAGCACAAAUCUGUACUUAAAUAUACUAGUUGUUGAAUGUGUAUAUCCACACUGAUCCGCAAUGAAUUUUCGCUAGGCCGCUACAAUCACUGAAUAGGAUGACAUGGAUGCGACUUAAUGAGUCCCAAAUAUUAACUUUUUUCUUCCGUCAAAUUAAAUUCUAAAACAUUUUUUUCAUUGAUUAGAAAAAUAAAUAAAGACGUUUGAAUAGUUUGUAGGUAAAAAUUAUUUCCUAUUUAGUGUAAAUGGAUUUUAAAAUAAGUAAAAUUCACCAUUUAGCCCGAAUCAGUAACGUCUUAUGUAAACAUGCUGCUCUCGGUUUCGCUGAGAAAGCUCCUCGGGGAUCUUCCGGUACGGCCUCACAUGUCAGGGGUGAAGGAAGUGAUAAAGCUUGUUAUCGUAUCCUAUAUGUAUUACAUAAAUAUAUCAAUUUUGUAAAUUUAAAUGAACAAAAUAUUGUUUAAAUAAAAAAAAA